GUCUCUGCCCCAGUGUCCGUGGGGGGGACCCGGCAUGUCGCAGCGCCGGGAUCUGCUCCCGGGGGGCAGCGCCCGUGGGGAGCUCGGAGCUGCUGUCCCCGCAGGAGCCCAGCGCCCCCCAGGCCCGGCCAGGCUCUGCCCUGGGGCCUCACAGCGGGUCCCAGCCCCUCUGGAGUCCCUGCGUGGGGCCGGGCGGGGGCUGCCAGGGGGUGCUGGCAAGGGUCAUCAUGGUGCACCUUGCUCAUCUCCUUAUGAAAAAUUAUCAUGGAGGACACGUCGCUGUCCAACUGGCGCUUGGCGGCUGUGCCAACAGACCCUUCUUCCGUAUAGUGGCCGCAUAUAAUAAGCGAGCACGGGACAGCAAGUAUUUGGAGCAAGUGGGCUGCUAUGACCCACUCCCAAAUAGCCAUAAUGAAAAGCUUGUUGGCUUGAACAUCGAGAGGAUCAAACACUGGAUUGGUUGUGGAGCACAUGUCACAAAACCAGUUGAAAAACUUCUAGGUCUUUCUGGAUUUUUCCCAUUGCAUCCUAUGAUGAUCACAAAUGCAGAAAGAUUAAGGAAGAGAAGAGCCUUGAAGGCCAAAACAGCUUCUGAGGAAGAAACUCCAGAUCACAGUAUCCUGCUUAUUUAAGAAGAGUACAAUCCAAUAGUCCACUCUAGUGCUGACAGAAGAGCCGCCUUCCUCAGCUGUUGCUCCAAGAUGGCAAUCUGCUGCUGUUCCUGCACAUCAGGAAGCUGGUGGGGGCUCAAAAGGGGGGCAGCUCAUAGCAAGAGAAAUGGCUGAGAAGAUUCAUUGUUCCCUUGGCACCACCCCCAUACGGAGACCCGUGGAAACACAGCCAGCUCUCAGUUGACAGGCAGCUGGGAAUUAGUUACUUUUUCAAUAGAGAAGUAAAAUCUGAGCAAAUGCAUACAUAGAACCAAAGAAAAGUAAAGCUCUUUUGGGUGC